CUCAGCUUCAAGCUGCCUCAGAAUGCCUUGAAUGACUGAUCCGCUGGAUUUAGUGAACUGAUACUCCAGGACUGUCAAGCGUCUGCGCCCCGUGACCGCCGCAAUGGCGCUCCGAACGCUCCUCCUCGCUGCCGCGAACCUUCUCAUCCCUGUUGCGAUUUUGAUCUUUGCGACAGGCUUCUUCCCUUAUAAACCCUUCAUGCCAGGACUCGCCGAAUAUGAGAAGCUGGGAUGGGAGGAUGCGAUGGGGUGGAAGGAGGGAAGUGUACCUGAGGCGCCAUUCGACAAGCUGGUGUUCAUGGUCGUGGACGCGUUGCGGAGUGAUUUCGUGUUCGGGGAGGAGAGUGGAAUGACUUUUGUGCAGAGUCUGAUCCGUGAAGGCACCGCCCUCCCCUUCACAGCGCACGCCGCCUCCCCAACCAUCACCAUGCCCAAGGUGAAAGCCAUCACCACCGGCUCCAUCCCUUCGUUCCUCGACGUCAUCCUCAACUUCGCCGAGUCCGACACAACCUCCACGCUCUCCACACAAGAUACGUGGCUCGCACAGCUGAAGGCCAAGAAAGGCGGGAAACUGGUCAUGUACGGUGAUGAUACGUGGUUGAAGCUCUUCCCCGGCUUCUUCGAGCGCGCGGAUGGAACAAGCAGUUUCUUUGUUUCGGAUUUCACCGAGGUGGACAAUAAUGUGACGAGGCAUGUGCCUGAAGAACUACUAAAUAGUGACUGGAACGCGAUGAUCAUGCAUUACCUAGGUCUCGACCAUAUAGGCCAUAAGGCUGGUCCUAGAAGCCCUAAUAUGAUUCCGAAGCAAAAGGAGAUGGAUGAUAUCGUCAGGGACAUUUACUCCGCCAUUGAGAAUGAGGAUCAUCUAUCCAAAACGCUUUUUGUCCUUUGCGGAGAUCACGGUAUGAACGAGGGCGGCAAUCACGGUGGCAGCGCAGCUGGCGAAACAUCUCCAGCCUUGGUUUUCAUGUCUCCUAGACUCAGGGACAUUACUCCGCACACAAAUAGAGUAAGCCCUACGAAGCCGAAAGAGGGAGGCGGAGAGUUCGAGUACUACCGGAUGGUGGAGCAGAGUGACAUCGCACCGACGCUCGCAGGCUUGUUGGGCUUCCCAGUCCCGAGGAACAACUUGGGUGUUUUCAUCAAGGAGCUGCUGGCCUUUUGGCCCAACAGGAUUGAUCGACUGCGUCUACUGCUUCGGAAUGCUAGGCAAAUGAAGAGGAUCGUGGAGGCUACGUAUCCGAGCUUGAACUAUGGAGACGACUCGCGGGCUCUUGGCAAGGAAUGCGAACCACCAUUGAGCGAUGGACAGGAGCUGGCAUGCAAAUGGCGUGGUGUCGUUGACAUCCUGUCGGCAUCUAGCAGACAUAUAACUGCGGAUCUGAAGAUAGACCAGCUCUACUGGUUCAUGGACGCUGCGCAAGAGAAGAUGUCAAGCACAGCUUCAAACUACGACGUUCCACGUCUCACAACAGGCACUGCUCUGGCAUUUGUCUCCGUAGUCCUGACCUUUUUCACCCUUCCAGCUCUCCGGCCUUUCACACCUUCUGGUAUCGCUUACGCCCUGACUCUCAUCCUCUACAGCGUCCUCAUGUUCGCUUCGUCGUAUGUAGAGGAAGAGCACAACUUCUGGUAUUGGGCCGUCUCCGGCUGGUUCUUCUACCUCUUCAUCGCCGAGUCGCGCAAGGAGUGGCAGUCGAAAUUCAUCUUUCAUCCAGCUAUUAUGCUUCUCAUUACCCACCGCAUCAUACGGAGGUGGAACCAGACUGGACAAAAGUAUGCUGGCGCGGAUGAUAUCGUGCACAGCGGUAUCUUCCACGGGAGGUCAUCGUUCAUACUAUGGGCGUUGGUUGGCGCCACGUACAUGGACAUCACGAUACGGGUUUCCAGACAUAUCGCGCGCUCCAUCGUAGUGUUUGAUAAAAACAGCAACAGCGAAGACCCGCAAGCCGUGGAUGCGAAUCGCUUCUUGGGGGUAGUUGCUGUGCUGCCGCUGGGCGCCACCGCAUUCAUUUUCAAGCUCGCAUUCACUGCGAGGGAUGCCCCGGAACUCACAUAUGGCAUCAAUCAAGGUCUCAUCCAGUGGGUCGAGGAUCUGAGUCUCGUGGACGUGGCAAGGAUGGUGUUCGCGGGCACGGCGCUGAGCGUAGUGUGGAUUAUGAUAUCGGAGUGGAAGCGGAAACGAGACAGACGCGGCGAAGGCAGCGGCGAUCUCGCAAUCGCCCUCUUCGACCUACUCUCCCUCUUCAUCAUCACGCAGACCAAAGCGCAGAACAUCCCGCUCUAUCUCCUCUUCCGCUUCCAAUUCUUCUUUCUAUCCCUCCUUGAUCUCUCCCCAGCAGCAAUAACAACCACCACCCUUCUGCUCACCCAAACCUCCUUCUUCGCCCUCGGCAACUCCAACGCCAUCUCCUCAAUCGACCUCUCAAAUGCCUACAACGGCGUCUCGGGGUACAACGUCCUCGCCGUUGGUGCCCUCCUUUUCCUCUCAAACUGGGCCGGGCCCCUCUACUUUACCGCCGCAUCCUCGCUGCUGCUCUCCGCGCUAGGCCGCCCCCGGCGCAACAUCGCGAUGGACGAGGUCGACAGCCGCGACUGGGUGCAGAAGGAGCGGGAGCAUUUGGAAAGGAUGGCGAAGAGUGAAGAGGAGGGUAGAAAGAGGAGAGAGAAUGGGGAGGCGUGGGGGAGACAUGUGGCGUUGGUGACGCUGUGGGUGGGUGUUGCGACGGCGAGCGUGAUGGUGGCGUGUACUUCCGAAGUAUCUGUAUGCGAUGGCGUGGGGGAUCGCAUUUCAUUUUGGGGGUACGCUGGGGUUAGGAUCGUUGGUUUGGGGGGCGGGAAGGUGGUAGGGGGUUUGAUGGGUAGGAUCGAGGCCUGA